UGUUUGCAUUUGGAAAAUUUUCAUUCUUGUUUAAUUGUUGAUCCACGUUGAUCAAUUUCUUUGUAAUUAAUUAAUUUUAUUUACAAUUAAUUUUCGAUUCUUAUUGAAUAAGAUUAAUUCAAAGUCAUGGAGUACUUGGAAGCUGAUCAAAUCACUCAAACACAGGGUAAAAUAUUAUGUUGUGUUUGUGGUGUUUUAAUUGACCCUAAUCCAUCUAAUAUGUGUGCAUCUUGUUUGAAAACAAAUUUCGAUAUAACCCAAGAUAUUCCUAAAUCAAGUAAUCUUUACUUUUGCCGAGGCUGUGAAAGAUAUCAGCAUUCUCAAGGAAAUUGGAUUAACUGUGAAUUAGAAUCACGUGAAUUGCUGUCUUUGUGUCUUAAAAAAUUGAAAAAUCUUAACAAGGUUCACUUAACAGAUGCUUCAUUCGUUUGGACUGAACCUCACUCGAAACGGGUUAAGGUUAAACUGACCGUUCAACAAGAGGUCCAUGGUGGAACCGUUUUACAACAAGUCUUCAUUGUCGAGUAUGUUGUUAACAAUCAAUUCUGUGAGGCUUGUCAUCGACGAGAGGCCAAAGAUUUCUGGAGAGCAUUGGUCCAAGUACGACAAAAGGUUAACCAUAAGAAAACCUUUUUCUUCCUUGAACAAUCAAUUCUUAAACAUAAAGCCCACACCAAUUGUACCUCAGUAAAAGCGACAACGGAAGGUGUUGACUUUUUCUUUGACAAGAAAGAUGAUGCUCGAAAAUUUGUCGAUUUUCUUCAAAACGUUGUACCUUGUCGAUAUGUUCCAUCCCAACAAUUGAUCACUCACGAUGUUCACAACAACACUUUCGUCUACAAACACUCAUUUUCAGUUGAAAUUAUUCCAAUCUGUAAAGAUGAUUUAGUUUGCCUUCCACCUCCGCUCGCAGCCUCACUUGGUAACAUCGGGCCACUUUGCUUAGUUCUAAGGGUCACCAAUAAUAUUUAUCUACUUGACCCUUUCACCCUAAGAUAUGCUGAACUGACUAAUCAAAACUACUGGAGACAUCCUUUCAAAGCUUUAGCCAAUUCUAAACAAUUAGUUGAAUAUACAGCAAUUGCUGUUGACAUAAUUAAUAGGAAACAAAUUCCUGGUCAAUCAAAAGCUCACAUGUCCACAAAGCACGCAUUAGCCGACGCUUAUGUCCAACGAAGUAGUGACCUGGGAUCGGCUGAAUCAGAAAUGCACACUCGAACUCACUUGGGUCAUCUAAUAAAUGCUUUCGAUCGGGUUAUGGGCUAUGAUAUGGCAAAUUCAAAUUGGAAUGAACCAAAUUUUGAGAAAUAUGAGAUUGAAAAUCGAGGUAACAUUCCGGAUGUUAUUUUGGUUAAAAAAUUCUAUGGAGAUCGGUCAACUCGUAAACGUCUUCGAAGAUGGAAACUGAAACGAAUUGAGGUUAUCGAUGACACAGCAUCUUCGGAAGGUGAUGAUAUCGCUGAAUUUAUGGAUGAUUUAGAAGAAGAUCCCAUGCUUCGUGAGCGUGUUAAUGUUUACCUUGAUAAGAAAAAGAUUAAUUCAGAAAUGGCGGUUGACACGGACGAUUUGGAUCAUGAAGGAAUACCCCAGAUCACUUUACAAGAGAUGUUGGAAGAUUUAGAUCUUGAUGAAGACGAAGAUUAAUCAUAAUACCAUUGAAAACAAGAAGAGAAAAACAAAAUCGAUUGACAAUUUGUUUUUCUCACAAUCACAAUUAACAGUUAUAACUAAUAUAAUAUAAAUUAAUCAAUUUAUAAUAAUAAUUUACAAGGGUGUUAGUUGAUAUUAAUUUCACUUGAAUCUUUUCAAAUGAUCAAAAUCAGUUGAAUGUCAAUAAAACUUUUUCUUUGACUUUCA